AUGUCAAGGCGUGGUACUAGCAGACGUAAUGGUACUGGAAGAGGUGGUACCGGAAAUGGUGGUCCUAUCGAUGGAGAUGAACCACAAUUAGGAAAUCAGAAUGUGAAUAUGGCGCAGCUGACCCAGUUAAUAGCCCAAGCAGUGGCUGCUGCUAUGAAUCAAAAUGUUGGACAGGUCAACAAUCAUCAGAAUCAAGGACCGCCUACUGAAACUGGAGAAGAUAGGUAUAGAAAAGUUCAGUUUCAGUUCAAGAAGUUGAACCCGAAAGAGUUUUCUGGAAAGUAUGAUAGCCCAAUGAUAGCCCAUGAAUGGAAGGAUGAGAUGAUAUUAGCUACCUUUCAUCUCACUGGAGAUGCUCAUACUUGGUGGACUUCAGCUUCACGUGGCUUGGAUCAUUCCACCAUGACAUGGACAGACUUCAUUCGUAUGUUUGAUGACAAAUAUUUCCCUCAGAGCAUUCGAAAUGCUAAGGAGAUAAAGUUUCUUACAUUUAAGCAGGGUACUUUAUCUGUUACAGAGUACGAGAUUGAAUACUCAAGAUUGUCGAUGUUUGUACCUCACCUGGUAGAUACUGAAGAGAAAAAUAGACGUGGGUUUGUUCAUGGUCAGAAUGUUGUGUAUCAGAGGCAUAUUGUUGGAAAUCAUAUGAUUGACACAUAUGUUAGGGUUGUUGAGUGUGCAAGAGAGCUUGAGCAAGAAUUUUUGGCUCAUAAGAGGGAUGAGGAAUACCUGAAGAAGGAGAGUAAGGUUUACCGUGCAUCAAAGUAUUCGUCGAGUCAACAUGGAAGUGGUAAGAACCAGCAGACCCAGAAUGUCACUCAACAAGGUGAUCAUCCAGGGAAGAAAAUGAAUGUGUAUUUGAAUCAAGGGUGUCGUGGUCAGAAGAACGGUGGUAAUGAAUGGGAAGUAGUGUCAGCUAAGGGCGAGGCUCUUGCUGCCAGACCAAUUAAUUUCUAUGGGGUUUGUUAUAAAUGUCUUGAAAGGGGACAUAAGGCAUCAGAAUGUACCAAAGAGAAGGUUCAAACAACAGACAGACGUGAGCAUCCAAACGCUAGAAUUGGAAACCAUAAUGUGCAGCCUCGUGGUCAGGGUCAACUCUUUGUUGUGCAACCUCGUGACACAGAGAAUACUAUUUUGGGAGGUACUUUCUUUAUUUUAGGGGAUCAUGUUAGUAUUUUAUUUGAUAUCAGAGCUACAUAUUCUUUCAUUUCUACUAGGUUAGUUCGAAUGAUAAACCUUUCCGUGGUAGUAUGUGAUUUUCCGUUAUGUGUUUCCACCCCUACUAGUAGUAUGGUAGAGUUGAGUAACAAGGUUGAUGCAUGUCCUAUUUUGAUUGGUGAUGUUGAGCACUUGGCGGAUAUUUAUGUGCUGGAUAUGGUUCCUUACGAUGUAAUAUUAGGAAUGGACUGGUUAUCUUCUAAUUUUGUGUAA